AUGGACAAAAAAGAAAGUGCUAGACCCACAGGAGGUCAGAAAGACCUUGUAUUAGAAAUAAAAAAAGAUGAUUACGUAGAAAUUCUUAAAAACUUAAACUCUUCUAUUAAAGAAUUUCAAACAAAUUUUGGAUUAUUAAAGACACAUUACUCAUUAAAGGAUUUGGAAAAAGUAUUAAACCCCGUUCAGUACGCCGAUUACAAUUCAUUUCUUGCUUACGCCAUUUGUUCUAUUUUUCAUUCCUAUUUGAAAAUAUCAGGUAAUUUUCUUAUCAAUCAUCCAAUUAAAAAUGAGUUAAAAAAAAUACAAUCUCUAAUGAAUGAAAUAAAAGAAAAAAAUCCAGAAAAUAAUGAAGAUAAAAGAUCUCUUACAAUUAAUAAAGAAGCCUCUAAAAGGAUAAUAGAUUCUUGUAUUUCUUAUAAUAAAGAUUUAAAAAAAAGAAAAUAUUUUAAAUGA